AUUAUUGAAAACAAAAAAUAACAAUACCAAGAAUGUUUGAUAAGAGUAAUAUUUUAUUUAUUUCAACUUUUCGGGUCAACUUAAAACUUGAUAAAUUUGAGCUUAUAAAAGAAGUUCGCAUAUUUGAAGCCACGCAGUCUAAUUUUUUAGAAAUAUAUACAAACAUGAAAGUGAUUUUGGUACUCUCAGCCUUCCUGGUCGUGGUCCUCAAUGGCACUUACCCAGGAGUUUAGUCUUUUUAGAGACAAAUACAUGGCCGUCCACGAAAAAUGCCAGGCCGACCUUAAACACGAAAAACUCAAAGCCUACUUCCUUUGCAUGCACGAAGGAUUUGAGUUUAUCACCGCUGACAACGUAAUCAACGAAGAAAAAUUUAAGGCCAAGUGGGCCUUAAUGCACAGUGAACCUGAAACCCUGGAAAAGUUAAAAAAAAUGUUUGGUGAAGAAGGACACAGCUGUCGAGACCUCCUGGGCUAUGCUACAAUGCGAAAUGACUGUUGCGAGGGAGGUUUGAUAAGUCAGUGACUUUUUGAAUAAAGAAAAUUUUUUCGGC